UUAGUUGUACAUUGUUGUAUUUUGAUUACAUUUGAGUUGUUAAUACUUGUAUUUUUAUAAUAGUUUUUGUUUUUCUUACGCAUUCACUAAGUUUGUGUUUCUUCCUGAACUGCAUCUGUGUUGUUUUACUUGACACUUGUUCUUGGCGGUAGCCAUAUUGAUUUGUUCCUCCUGUUGUGUGUGAUCUAUCCAGCCAGGAUAGAAUAACGUUGAUUUGUUGUGAUUGAUUUGAUCAAUUGAACAAUUAUUGGUUGGAUAGCUGAGUGGUUAUAUUUGUUUAGAACCGCUAUCUUACCCAAUUACUUUGUUUUGGUUUCAAUCGGGCGAGGGCGCGUAUCUAACUCAUCCAGACAGCUGUCCAGCAGUCCAAACGUAGUUUGGAUCUUACAGUUCUAAACAAAUAAUUUGGUCGAAUUCGUUUGGCUUACGUUUCGUUGGUUCCAAUCAUCGUCUCUGGGAAUAUUUGGUCAUUCGCUUGCGAUGCCAAACAAUCGUCGAAGGAAAUUAAGUCCAAGGCUUGUGGAUGCUAAAGGAGAUGAACAAAAUGAUGGAUCCCCUCAAUCAAGGCAAGUGCCUUAUGAUGCUUCUAUGUGUCAUGGUUCAUAUUCUAAUAGGGACGAUUGUAAUUGUAGUGCAUCUAGUUGUGAUAUAAUGGCAGAUGGCAUAGAAAACCUUAGUUUAGACGUGAAGCAAGCAAAAAGCGUAAGGCCUACGGCGUUUUUCAUAGGUCCAGAGUUACCAAAGGUUGAGUUAAGUUAUUUCGACGGUCAACCAAGAGGUUACUGGAAGUUUUUAAGGGAGUUUGAGACCUAUGUGGAAUCAAGGGUCAAGGAUGAUGGUCAACGCUUGCUUUAUUUGAUACAUUAUUGUAAGGGUAAAGCGAAAACAGCCAUUGAGGGUUGUGUUAUGUUGGAAGCCUCUUUUGGUUACAAGAAGGCCAAGGAAAUUCUAAAACGGUUGUUCGGACAGGCGCAUGUAAUCGCUCGGGAGACUUUAGAGGACUUAUUCAAAACUGCAAAUGUUGAUUACAGUGAUCCUGAGCAACUAACAAAUCUAGCUAUUAGGAUGGAAAAUUGUUCUAUGGUUUUGAAACAGAUGAAGUAUACUGCCGACUUAAAUUCUCUAAUUACCUUAGAGAGAAUAGUAGGACUCUUACCUCAAGUUAUGCAAGCCCAGUGGGCGGACUGGGUGGAUGAAUUGACUGAAGAUAAUAGAGAACCAACCUUUGACGAGCUUACCCAAUUUAUAGCAUCCCGCGCGAGAGUAGCUAAUAGUAGGUUUGGACGGUUAGCGAAUCGUCCGAGAAAGGGACACAACUUAAAGACAAAUUGUCACUUGCAAUUGGAGCAGGAGAAUAAUUCGAAAGAGAAAGCUAAAUGCAGUGUGUGUUCCCUGGACCAUGCUAUUUAUAAAUGUCCAAAAUUUUUAGCGCUUACCGUUCAAGAGAGAUGGUCUCAAGCAAAAGUUAAUGGCAUCUGUUUUGUCUGCCUUAGGCAAGGACAUAAGGUAAAUGAAUGUAAGAUGACAAGGCUCUGUAACGUUGACAGUUGUAAGAAGAGACAUCACGUUCUGCUGCACACUGACUCGACAAGCAACGUCGUAAAUGAUAAGCCGUCAUGCUCGGAAUAUAGGAAAAGAGUUGUUAAUCAUAUCAGUAAGGUACAGACACUGGAGAACGAAAUACGUAAGCUUUAUGAUGAGUUUUCAGAUGCUUAUUCAAGUGAUAAAUCAUUAUCAGUAGACGACAAGGCGGCUAUAAAAAUUGGGGAAGGGAGCACGCACUUCGGCAACGGUCAUUUUGUAGUUUCUAUACCGCGGAAAAAGAAUCCAAAUAUGAAAGUGGAUAAUUAUGAAGUAGCAAACCGUAGAUUACAAAGUUUGAAAGGUAUAUUGUCGAAGGACGUCAGCCUGAACAUCAGGUACAUCAAAGGUAUUGAAAGUAAUUUUACUAAGACUUAUGCGGAGAGGGUCCUUGAAAUAUAUUUGCAGCUUAAUUAUCGCCCUCGAGGGUAUUUACCUCAUCAUGCAGCGUUAAACAUGAAAAAACCAGAGGAACUUAGAGUGGUCCUUGAUUGUGCCGCCGAGUUUGCAGGGGUUUCCACAAAUGAUAUGAUUUAUCAAGAACCCGAUACCACCGCUGAGUUAAGGUGUAUAUUAAUAAGUUUUCGCAAAGAGGCAGUUGCAAUCCCUGCAGAUGUUGAAGAAAUGUUCAUGCAAUUGAAGGUCUCUGAGUCUGAUCGAGGAGCUUCAAGAUUUCUGUGGUGGCAGGAGGGAGACAUGUCGAGGGAACCAUCUGAGUUUCAAAUGACAUCUCAUCCAUUUAGUGCCAUAUCACCGCCGUUUCGUGCGAACUUUGCCUUCAAUAAGAUGGCCCAAAUAUUCUCUGACGGUUAUGAUGGUUAUGGCGUAAGUGCUGUUAAGAAUAGUUUCUAUGUUGAUGAUUGCUUGAUAUCCUUUCCACGUUGUGAUCAAGCAAAGAGUUUCGUUAAGCAGAUAGGUGAAUUAUUACGUAGAGGAGGUAUACAAAAAAUGACUGAUCUUGAGCUUUGGUUCAAAUGUCCGACCUUAAUGCAUGGCGAGUUUUGUACAGCAAUCACUGACUGUCCGGAACCUACUCCUGAAGAUAGUAAGUUUAGAAAAACUGCUGUGGUUAACUUGAGUAGUAUAAAGUACAACAUGUCACCUAUUCUCUCUUAUUAUGCUGAGUGGUUGAAAUUAGCCAGGGCCGUAGCAUGGCUUAGAAGGUUCAUAGAAUUCCUGAUGGUGCUUCGUUCAUCGAGUUGUGAAGGAUCCGUUCCUCUAAGAGGUUUAAAGGUCAAGGAGCCUGACAUUGCCAAGGGUAAGAAUUUAUUGAUGGUUCAAAAGGAAGUGUGUGGAGAAUUAUUUAGUGAAUUUAGAAACAGAAGUAAAGUAGUAAGUCAUAAUGAUCUGAAAGGUUUAUCACCGAUAUUGCUUGAUGGGAUACUCUGUGUUACAGGUCGUCUAAGCUACUCAGAAUUAUUAAAUGCUUUUGAACGUCCAGUAAUUUUACCCAGUCGACACUUAGUGACGCAAACGAUAAUUAGACAUUGUCAUAAAGAACCAAGACACAUAGGAAGGUCAUUAGAAAAAGGGUAUGGAUAUGUGUUUUCUUGUUUGCAAACAUGGGCAGUACAUAUUGAAAUGAUGUGUAGUUUGAUUACUGAUUCAUUUAUAAUGGCCUUAUUACGUUGUAUUGGAAGAAGAAGGAAGCCUCCGGAGAUUUACAGUGACAGUGCGUCAAGCUUCGUGUGGGCAGUUUCUGAGUUAAGGAGGUUUGUGCAACAGUCGAAUCAGCAGAAGAUAAAUAGUGAAUUGUCAGCGAGGCCCUCAUCCAACAGCAUGGGUGGAGUUUGGGGAAGAGUGACUAAGUCUAUACCACGAGUGUUAUUGUUGAACACCAGAGAGCAAGUGAAACAGGUCUCCUUGAGGCUUCGGAUUAGUCUUUGUUGUUAUUAAUGUAGGUAGGUCGAGUAGGCGUACUGUUGUAAGUCCUACUCGUUCCUAUAGUGUGAUAUGUUAUAUAAUGAACCAUGACCGUAGGCAUCAAGGUAGCUUGUGUGGUAUGGAGGGAUUUUGGGGGCCGGUGUAAGAUCCAUUUUGAAGGUUUUAUGUGUUGGUGAAAAUCCCUCCAUGUAUAUACUUGUACUUUGUUUCUAUUGAUUCCCUUAGUUGUACAUUGUUGUAUUUUGAUUACAUUUGAGUUGUUAAUACUUGUAUUUUUAUAAUAGUUUUUGUUUUUCUUACGCAUUCACUAAGUUUGUGUUUCUUCCUGAACUGCAUCUGUGUUGUUUUACUUGACACUUGUUCUUGGCGGUAGCCAUAUUGAUUUGUUCCUCCUGUUGUGUGUGAUCUAUCCAGCCAGGAUAGAAUAACGUUGAUUUGUUGUGAUUGGUAAUUUUCUUGCAUCCUUUAUCAACUUUCUUAUUUAUUGUAAUUUAGAUUUGAUCAAUUGAACAAUUAUUGGUUGGAUAGCUGAGUGGUUAUAUUUGUUUAGGUAAUAAUGUACACUUAAAUUUAUGAUAAAUUAUAGAACCGCUAUCUUACCCAAUUACUUUGUUUUGGUUUCAAUCGGGCGAGGGCGCGUAUCUAACUCAUCCAGACAGCUGUCCAGCAGUCCAAACGUAGUUUGGAUCUUACAA